UGUGAUGGUUCAUUGACAACCUCGAAUAAAUCCACUUGCAAACCCAUCAGAGUCACAAACACUCGCAACACAAAUCAACUGCAACUCUCGAUUCCGAUAUGGGUUUAGUCGAAACCUUAAAUUCGAUCGAUUUGGAACAUGAAUCGUUCCCAACAUAUGGGGAUUUUGCAGCUCUUCCUGUGUUUGCAAUCUUCUUCCCAACUGUUCGCUUUUUUCUUGAUAGAUUCCUUUUUGAGCGUGUAGGUAGGUGGUUAAUAUUCGAUAAGGAUCACCAGAAGCUGGAUGUUGAGACAGAUGACAGAAAUAAGAAGAUACGGAAAUUCAAAGAGUCCGCUUGGAAAUGCAUCUAUUAUCUUUCGGCAGAAGUCCUAGCCCUGGCUGUAACGUAUAAUGAGCCAUGGUUCACUAACACAAACAAUUUUUGGUUAGGUCCCGGUGACCAGAGAUGGCCCGACCAGAAAAUGAAGUUAAAAUUGAAAGGUUUGUACAUGUACACUGGUGGAUUCUACACGUAUUCCAUCUUCGCUUUGAUUUUCUGGGAAACAAAAAGAUCUGAUUUUGGUGUGUCAAUGGGCCAUCAUUUUGCGACCGUAAUUCUCAUUGCAAUGUCUUAUAUAUGCAGGUUUGCUCGUGCGGGUUCGGUCAUUCUAGCUCUUCAUGAUGCAAGUGAUGUGUUUCUUGAAGUAGGCAAGAUGUCUAAAUACAGCGGUGCGGAAGGACUCGCAAGCUUUUCAUUUGUUGUGUUUGUAAUAUCGUGGGUGGUUCUUCGCCUUAUUUAUUACCCAUUUUGGAUAUUGUGGAGUACAAGUUAUGAAGUAGUUAUGACUUUGGAUAAAGAGAAGCAUAUCAAGGAGGGCCCGCUCUACUACUACGUGUUCAACACGCUUCUUUACUGCUUGCUUGUUCUUCACGUGUAUUGGUGGGUACUUAUGUAUCGCAUGCUUGUUAAACAAAUUCAAGAUAGAGGCAAACUCAGUGACGAUGUUCGUUCUGAUUCAGAUAGUGAUAAAGAACAUGAAGAUUGAUCUCUCAUUCCAAUUUAGUUUAAGGCGGAGGAUAUUUUGUCACAUCAACCUUAAACUUGAUGUCUAAAUUGAGUUCCUGCAUAGUCUUAUGUUAAUGAACAGACUUAUAUAGAUAACGGUCAAAAGCCGCUACAGAAAGUCAACUUUCGUUUUUCUGGUUCACAGACAAUUGGUGACUUGUCUUCGGUUUGUUGAUAGUUUUUUUUUUUCUUGUUUUCGCCGACUUGUUAUAUCAUCAAGGAAUCUUGGUGGUUUUGGUGGAUCAACUUCAUUCAUGUAACAUUAAAUUUUCGGUUCAAUAGACGCUGUAACUUAUUAAUCCAUUUAGCUUUUUGCUUGUGGAUGUUGAUCGGGUUUAUUAUUUGGAUCUCCUUUGUAAUCA